AGCUGUCUGUGGAGGGAACUCCUCACACCUCAACAACUGUGAAAGGGCUCGCACUGCUGGGCCAAAAGCGUGCAAAAGCCGCCUGGCUUUGUCUGUUGGAACUGAAAGAGUGGCGCAGAGGAGAGGGGAAACGUCUUCCAGAAACUUAAGCAAGUCCAGCUGCCUACGAUAUAGCACCAAGGAAAACUUUUUUUUGAAUGUAGGAAAGUGUGUGGAGCGCACAGUUGUAGACAAGAGAAGUACUUCAACCUCGACGCACGGACUGGCCAUCUAGUGUCACCUCAUAAUUAACAUCGGUGGAUGUUUUAUUUUGAAAAACAUCAAUGGGAAGUGGUAUUGUCUACAAUGAUGUUAGCUUUACUCUCAGGUCCGUUUAGCAGCAGCAGAACGGACGAGAAACCAUGGAGCGCAACAAGACGCGUUGGAGAGACUCACCAAGCGGACGGGAAAAGUGCCAGUUUCGGGUCUGUUUCUGAGUCACUUUUAGCGACAGUCGGCACAUUUUGGUUCACCAGCAGGUGGACAUUGAGUUUUCACAAGCGUGCGUAAAUUGACUGUUGAGGUUUAGGAAAGAAAAUAGUCUUGGAGUGACCAGCAGCUACCAAAGAACGGGAGGAAAGGAGGAGUAAAAAGAAGUGCUCGAAGGAGGGACGAGUGCCCGCUGGACAGAAAUGCACUCUGUGUCAUUUUUCUCAGCACAUUUGGACAUUUCACGUUGUUUGGGGGAAAUGUCGUUUUGGUGCGCUGCGUAAAAACCCCGGACUGCUUUCAUGUCGCAUGCCAUUAGAAGGAACAGUUACUUAUCUUCAAGGAAAGUGUGAGCGGAGCUGAGAUUUCUUUAAAAAGGAGGCACUGGGCUAAAGAUAAGAAACAGUGACUGAACAGUUACGAACCAUGGUGAAGUUUCAUAACUCGGACCUAUGGAUAGCCUGGAUGGUCAUCUUCUGCAUGGAGGGUUCAAGGUUUGAUCUACACACAGGGAAAGUGUGUGUGCGGGCGCUGGAUGUGACAGUGUCCCAGAGCAGUAUUCAGGUGGCCCGCGGCCAAGCAGCCGUCCUGCCCUGCUCUUUCACCACCAGCGCUGCCCUCAACAACCUUAACAUCAUCUGGAUGGUGAUUCCGCUGUCCAAUGCCAACCAGCCAGAACAGGUGAUAAUUUACCAAGGUGGCCAGGUGUUCAGCCUCGCCAACCACCUCAAUGGCCGUGUGGGUUUCGUGGCCACCAUGCCAAGUACAAGUGCCUCCAUCUUCAUCAACAACACCCAGCUGUCCGACACUGGGACCUACCAGUGCCUGGUCAACAACCUCCCAGACAGAGGGGGGCGCAACAUCGGCGUCAUUGGGCUCACUGUGUUGGUGCCCCCCUCAGUGCCAGCAUGUCGAAUUCAGGGCACGCUGGAUGUAGGCAGUGACAUCAUGCUGAUCUGCAGCUCAGACGAAGGCAUUCCGACGCCAUCCUACUCCUGGGAGAAGCUUGAUGCACUGCCCAAGCUGCCGCACAACGCCAUGCAAGACCAGAUGCAGGGCACUGUGACACUGAGAAACAUCAGCACCAGCACCUCAGGACUCUACCAGUGUACCUCCAGCAAUGCCAUUGGCAAGAGCACCUGCCUGCUCAACCUGCAGGUCGUGGCACCUCAGCCUCAGAGUGUGGGUCUGAUAGCAGGCACUAUCGCUACAGGAGUGCUAGCUGUCAUCAUCUGUUCCCUGUUAGUGGUGGUCACGCUAUUCUACUGGAAGAACAAGAACAAAUAUGACGAGGAGGAGAUCCCCAAUGAGAUCAGAGAAGAUGACCUUCCUCCCAAGAGGUCAUCAUCAGUAAAGGCUUUCCAUGCAGACGCAUCAUCCUCAGAGAACGACACGCUGACAUCCACCAACACCUACAACAGCCGCUACUGGCACAACCCCAAGCCCAACUAUGACACCAACUCCUACACACGCUACAACGGAGACACUCGCCAGACCUUCUCCACUGCUGCUCACGCUGCACAUGGACAUGGACAGGCCCAGAACGCAGGUCACGGCCACAGUGCAGUGGUCACAGCACCAGGCUCAGCUCCACUGUCCCGCCAUGCACAGCCCACAACGGCAACAACAACAGCGUUCGCCAAUGGCAGCCACACGCUCCCGCCACCAAAAACUUUGGUGGUCACCACAAACUCUGCUCCAUCCCCUCCCGCCAUGGUGCGCAGCAAUGGCACUGUGAGCCUCAAACCGGUGGUGACGUCCACACAUGGGCAACACACGCACUCCUACGCUGUGAGCCAGGCCACGCUGGAGCGGAUGGGGGCGGUGCCUGUCAUGGUGCCCGCCCAGAGCAGAGCAGGCUCACUGGUGUGAAUUCAGCUUUGAGACUAAAUGAGUGUUUGGUUGUGACGUUUGAAACCACAAAUGAAAAACAGACAGAAUAUGGGCUGAAGCAGCCCGCUGCCCUUUACUACUGUGUCUUUCUGUAUGUCUUGACCUCUACUUCUCAAAACAGACUGGGAUUUUACAGUGCAGAGUUCAUAUUAUGCCAAUUUCUCGAUGGACGGGACCCUUUGUUUUGUAGACAUUGAAUCUGAUCAUCCCCUUGGUGGAUAGAUUUUCCUGACCAGUGUGGUAGGACCUAUUUUUCAACCGCUUGGAUGAUUCCACAAAGCUGGAGUGAUAUUUCCUCCAGAUCUUUUUCAGGGCUGGAUCAUUGUGAUGAUUGUGGGGUGUUUUUUUUUGUUUAUUUGUUUUUUUAAAUUUGUCCAUACCGCACGGUCAGACAAGCGCAAGCUUGGAUUCCACAUAAAUGCAUGUGUCUCUUAUUUUAAGAUAACAAACUGAAUCCAUAUUAUUUCAAAUACUUUCUUUUCACACUUGUAAUUUUGAUUGACCAUUGUGAUAGAGAUGAUGAGGAUUAUAUAUUGAAAAGUGAAUGUUUAAAUGUCUGCUGGGGGUAACUUCAAGGAUGAAAGUAUAGGACUGAAAAGAUGUAGGGUGAAAUGGCCUUAGAAGUGUUGGUUUUAUGGGUGCAAUACAUCACAUAGUAUACUUUAAUUCACUGAAUGCAAACAUUUUAUGUUUUUGCACUUUUCUGAGCAAUUUUAUAUCAAAACUACUGUCUUAUAAACAAUAACUCAGUCUUACCAAUGGCAAGCUUUACCCGUACAACAUAUAUCAGUUUUCUGCACAUACGCACUAAUGAUAAGUAAGAUAGCACAAGCACUGGAUUUUCACAACAGGAAGCUACUCUCCCCCUGGUUUGAAGUUGAACCUGCAGAUGGAUAUUGUCAUACUCUUUGCUGUGUUCAUCCUUGCUGUUUUCCUAAUACGGUUCAUGUCACAUCAGUGCUGCUUUCAGAAGACAUGGGUGAGAGGAUGUCUUAUUUCAUAAAUGCUUUAUAAAGAGACAAAUAUAUAUUAAAAGCCGAUUUUUUCCCCCUUGACAAAGGAUAACACCUAUCAUUUUCUACUGUACAUAUUGUAACUACAACAGUAGGCUAGAUUGUGAAUCAAAGAAAAUACAUGUCUGACUGAUACAUAUUCUGCUACUCAUGUGUCUUAAUUUUAAAACACUUUUGUUACUUUAGACAACGAGCUGGGUUUGAGAGUCUGAUUAUGGUUUAAAUUAAGGGAUGUUUUUUUAUUCAUUCAUGUUUAAUUUUUCUAAUGGAUAUUGCCAUUCAUAACAAGGUCUGGGGUAAAUAGCUACAGCAUGGCUCAACAAGAAUGACCAUAUGUUUUACUAGAAAUAAUAGACACCUUUGCUGUACAUGGUAGAAAGUAAUGCUGUGUU